UGGUCAGGGUGAGGUAGUGGCAGUGACUGGCCAGAGGGCGCCGGGACAACCGGACAGUGACAGAGACGGGCUGGGACUAGGAGAGAUGGGGCUGCCUGAGGAAAGGAGCGGUACCGGGAAUGGGAGCGGGAGCGGCAGCGGGAGCGGGAGUGGGGAGCGGACGCGGAGCUGGUCCCCGCCGCCGGAGCUCAGCCGCACCGCGCACGUCCCUUCCAUGGCGCGCUACCGGGAACUGCACGGGCGAUCGGUGCUGGAGCCUCGGGAGUUUUGGGGAGAAAUUGCUAAGGAAUUUUACUGGAAAACUCCAUGUUCUGGCCCCUUCCUUCAGUAUAAUUUUGAUGUGACCAAAGGGAAGAUCUUCAUUGAAUGGAUGAAGGGAGCAACUACCAACAUCUGCUACAACGUGCUAGACCGAAAUGUUAUUGAGAAGAACCUUGGAGACCGAGUGGCCUUUUACUGGGAAGGCAAUGAGCCUGGGGAAGCCACCCAGAUCACCUACCAAGAGCUCCUGACCCAGGUGUGUCGGUGCGCUAAUGCCCUCCGGAAGCAGGGCAUUCGGAAGGGUGACCGUGUAUCCAUCUACAUGCCCAUGAUCCUGGAGCUGGUGGUGGCCAUGCUUGCCUGUGCUCGUCUUGGUGCACUGCAUUCUAUCGUGUUUGCAGGCUUCUCGGCUGAUUCCUUAUGUGAGCGGAUCCUGGACUCAAGCUGUAGCCUCCUUAUUACAGCAGAUGCCUUCUAUAGGGGAGAGAAACUAGUGAACCUGAAGGAGCUUGUGGAUGAGGCCCUGCACAAGUGCCGGGAGAAGGGCUUCCCAGUGAAGAGCUGCAUUGUAGUCAAGCACCUUGGCCGAGCAGAGCUGGGCACGGGUGAUUCUCCCAGCCAUUCCCCCCCAUUGAAGAGGCCAUGCCAGGACUUGCAGGACAAAACGAAAGAGAAACCCAUGUCCAAGCGGCCCCAGAUCCCCUGGAAUCAGGGGGUUGACCUGUGGUGGCAUGAGAUCCUGGGGGACGCAGGGGAGGAGUGUGAGCCCGAGUGGUGCGACGCAGAGGACCCACUCUUCAUCCUUUAUACCAGUGGCUCCACUGGCAAGCCCAAGGGAGUGGUACACACAGUAGGGGGAUAUAUGCUCUACGCAGCUACCUCCUUCAAGUAUGUCUUUGACUUCCACGAGGACGAUGUGUUUUGGUGCACAGCAGACAUCGGCUGGAUCACUGGGCACUCCUAUGUCACCUAUGGGCCUCUGGCUAAUGGGGCUACAAGUGUCCUGUUUGAGGGGAUCCCCACGUACCCUGAUGUGAGUCGCUUAUGGAACAUUGUGGACAAGUACAAGGUGACCAAGUUCUACACGGCACCCACAGCUAUCCGCCUGCUCAUGAAGUUUGGGGAUGAGCCUGUCACCAAAUAUAGUCGGGCAUCCCUGCGGGUAUUAGGGACAGUGGGUGAACCCAUCAAUCCAGAGGCCUGGCUAUGGUACUACCGUGUUGUGGGAGCCCAGCGCUGCCCUAUUGUGGAUACCUUCUGGCAGACAGAAACAGGUGGCCAUAUGCUGACCCCUCUCCCUGGUGCCACACCCAUGAAGCCAGGCUCUGCGACUUUCCCAUUCUUUGGUGUGGCGCCAGCGAUCUUGAAUGAGUCUGGGGAGGAGCUGGAAGGAGAAGCAGAAGGUUACCUGGUGUUCAAGCAGCCCUGGCCUGGGAUCAUGCGUACAGUCUAUGGGAACCAUGAGCGCUUUGAGGCCACUUAUUUCCGGAAGUUCCCAGGCUAUUAUGUAACAGGAGAUGGUUGUCGGCGGGAUGAAGAUGGCUAUUACUGGAUAACAGGCCGGAUUGACGACAUGCUCAACGUGUCUGGUCACCUGCUGAGCACAGCAGAAGUGGAGUCAGCACUGGUGGAGCACAAGGCCAUUGCUGAGGCAGCUGUGGUUAGCCACCCGCACCCUAUAAAGGGCGAGUGUCUCUACUGCUUUGUCACUCUUCGGGAGGGCCAUAGCUUCACCCCUACCCUCACUGAGGAGCUCAAGAAGCAGGUAAGAGAAAAAAUCAGCCCUAUUGCCACCCCGGAUUACAUCCAGAAUGCACCUGGCUUGCCCAAAACACGGUCAGGGAAGAUCAUGAGGCGGGUACUGAGGAAGAUCGCACAGAAUGACCAUGACCUGGGGGAUACAUCCACUGUGGCUGACCAGUCCGUCAUCAGCCAUCUUUUCAGCCACCGCUGCCAGACAGUCCUAUGAACCAAGGUUCCACCCACAGCUCCUCCUCCAGACAUCCCUGCUUGACUGUCCAGAGUUGUGUCCAACUUGCCACCCUUGCCAACCAUCACCCAGGAGAACUAACAGGAGAUGUAGCUUGUAUCCUCAGGGCUAGGAGAUGUGGGGCAGGGCCUAGCACCUUCUCUCCUUGACAGCCAGGGCACAGAACAGGCUAGACCCCUUCCUCUAGGCCUUGCCAGGCACUGGAGCCUCUGCCAGAGUCAGGUGAUGGAGGGGAGUUGGGUGGGGAGGGAGCUGGAGCCCUGGCAAUGAGGGCAGGCGCUUGGUCCAUGUUCAGCUGGACUGGGUCACAGGCCCUUCCCCAGGAGCACCAGCACUUACCUUAGAUCUGUCUUUAGAAACUGUUCCUUAUUGACAGCUUGCACAAGGUGAUUUAAAGAAAAACAAAAGCAAAAUCCUUCUCCCUUUGCUGGUGGAGGCAUCGGGAGAGGGAAAGUGUGUCCACAAAUUCUAGAGGCCACCGACCAGAACCUCUUAGUUUCACCACUUGAAAGAAUUGCAACUCUUCCAUCUUCUUGGACCCCAUUGAUGUUUUCUCCCUGGAACGACAAAUCUCAGGGCCCCAUGAUGUCCAGGUCAGGAAAAGUGAGGGGCUGUUGCUAGAAUUUGUGCGGCUCUCAGGUUUGUUUCCUGCCUCCAUCACACUGUCAUUGGGGCUGAACAAUCCCUCAAGCCCUAUGGUUGUAAGAAUAAAGUUUCUAAAAUGGAGGGAA